AUGCUUUUCAAUCGUAUUCUCCCCGCGGUCGUCGCGCUGCUCCCCGCCCUUGCCUCCGCUUCAGCGCCCGCAUCCUCCGUCAUCGACCUCACACCCAAGAACUUCGAUGAGGUCGUCCUGAAGUCGGGCAAGCCUGCCCUCGUCGAAUUCUUCGCCCCGUGGUGCGGACACUGCAAGAACCUCGCCCCCAUCUACGAGGAGCUCGGCACCGGCUUCCAGCACGCCGCUGGCAAGGUCUCGGUCGCAAAGGUCGAUGCGGACGAGCACAAGUCUCUGGGCAAGCGCUUCGGCGUCACUGGGUUCCCAACACUGAAGUGGUUCGACGGAAAGAGCGACACGCCUGAGGACUACAAGGGCGGCCGUGAUCUCGAGAGCUUGACCAAGUUCAUCACCGAAAAGACAUCGAUCAAGCCCAAGGUCAAGGGCAAGCUUCCCAGCGCCGUCACCUUCCUCGACGACCAGAGCUUCAAGCAGAAGGUUGGAAAGGACCAGGAUGUCCUUGUUGCCUUCACUGCUCCCUGGUGCGGACACUGCAAGACCCUCGCUCCCAUCUGGGAGACUCUCGCCAGCACCUUCGUCAACGAGCCCAACGUCCUGAUUGCCAAGGUUGAUGCUGAAGCUGAGAACGCAAAGGCCCUCGCCAAGGAGCAGGGCGUGUCCUCGUACCCGACCAUCAAGUACUUCAAGAAGGGUUCCCUCGAGCCCACCCCAUACGAGGGUGGCCGUUCCGAGGAGGCGUUCAUCCAGUACCUCAACAAGAACUCCGGCACCCACCGCGCUGUCGGCGGCGGUCUUGACGCCACUGGCGGAACCAUCGAGGCUUUCGAUACCGUCAUCGAGAAGUUCAAGUCUGCCUACGGCGAUGGUGUCGAGGAAGCUACGACUCUCGCUUCCACUCUGCAGGACAAGUAUGCCCAGUACUACGUCAAGGUCUUCCAGAAAAUUGGCGCGAACAAGGAGUACGCUGCGAAGGAGUCUAAGCGCCUUCAGAGUCUCAUCAGCAACGGCAACCUCGCAUCCGAGAAGCUCGAUGACCUGAUCAGCAGGAGCAACAUUCUCCAGAAGUUCCUCGGCACCGACGACAAGAGCGAGCUGUAG